GUAAGGACAUAGCAACUGUCAGACACGACGAUUUUUUUUUACGUAGGAGUUGGUAGUUCUGGAGUGUUGUGAUAAAAUAAACUGGGAAAUAUCCGAAGUAUUUUAAUUUUAUAAAAUAAAUUUUAAUUAGAAAACCAUAAUGUCGACGUCGGGUGAUUUUGGAAAUCCUUUGAGGAAAUUCAAGUUAGUUUUUCUAGGAGAGCAAAGUGUGGGAAAAACAUCUUUAAUUACAAGAUUUAUGUAUGAUAGUUUUGAUAAUACCUAUCAGGCAACCAUAGGAAUCGAUUUUUUGUCAAAAACGAUGUACCUAGAAGAUAGGACUGUAAGAUUGCAAUUAUGGGAUACUGCUGGACAAGAAAGGUUUAGAUCUCUAAUUCCCUCCUAUAUCAGAGAUUCAACAGUUGCUGUAGUAGUGUAUGAUAUAACAAAUGCAAAUUCUUUUCACCAGACAUCGAAGUGGAUUGAUGAUGUUAGAACCGAGAGAGGUAGUGACGUAAUUAUAAUGCUAGUGGGGAAUAAAACAGAUCUUUCAGACAAGAGGCAGGUUAGUACAGAAGAAGGAGAACGUAAGGCGAAAGAACUGAACGUUAUGUUUAUUGAAACUAGUGCGAAAGCUGGAUAUAAUGUUAAACAAUUAUUUAGGCGCGUAGCUGCAGCGCUUCCUGGUAUGGACUCCACAGAAAAUAAACCCCCAGAAGACACUGUUGAUCUCCAAACUCAGCCACAACUACAGAAUGACCAACAAGACUCGGAAGGCGGCUGCAUGUGCUAAGCGCUCCAAUCCAGACCAUCAUCGAAAAAAUAGUUUCACAGGGGAAAAAUAAUUUCUAUUUUAAACGAUAAUAUGGAAGUAGUAUCUGCCUAUGUUAAAUGUUAAGAUUGAGCCCCAUUUACAAUGGACCAUAACUGUUGUGUAUCAAUGAAUAUUUCAUGCAUGCCUUGGUUGUUCCAUAAAUUUGAUUCUCUUUAAACUAAUUUCCAUUUUUCCAAUUCGAUCAGAUCAUACCUACUGAAGAGUCAAUUUUGAUUGAAGAAUGGUGAAUUGUGCUGCAAGCAAAAAUUUGGCAGAGUUAUUUUUUAAACUCUGAGUCUUUGACUCUGAGUAAUUUAAUUUUAUCAAACUUUGGCAGUUGUAAAAUAUAAUUCAUGAACGUCAAAUGAAAUUUUUUCAAAUCGGAUUAAAACCACUAUGGAUGCCAAUUUUCUGGCUUUUAAUACAGUUUGCUGUUUCGUUUUGGACUAAGAACAUACAUCUUCUAAAAAUCUGAAAGUUCUAUUGAUUCGGCUAAUAUUUUGAAAAUUUCUCCAAUUUUAUUCGUUUGCUCCCCCCCUAUUGAGGCCUGUUCAGAUAUGAAAUUAUUGCCCCAGCGUUCAAUCUUGCCAUUUCCCAAAAAAAAAAAAAAAAAUUUUAUUCUUAAUCCUUACGCAUUUUUUGUUUCAUUUCAAUUAGAAAAAAAUCAAAAUUGACCCGACCUUGUCCUAGUGUUCGGCUACAAUACCCAUUCAGAAAUUUGCAUAAUUUAACUUUCAUCCUCAGUCACAGCAAAAAUUUUGCAAGCCAAUCUUAAUUAUUCUCAUUGGAGCAUACCUACCUACUAUUCUUUAACUUGCACAUUUUGGAUAAUCUUUUAUAAGGACAAUAGGUGUCCUGCAAUGUCUACAAAUUGCUAGCCUACUAGCCAAUAUGUAGGUAGGUUAAGUUACAUGAAUUUAUCUGUCUGUCCAAUAAGUCCAUUGUAAAAAGGGCCGGAGUUGCUAUAAGUGUGAUAUUCUAAGCAUUGCAAAUCUGCACGUAUAAUAAUGUGUGUGGCAAGAGACAUCCACAAGUUUGCGAGUAAUGUAUACCUACAUAAUCGAUUUUUUUAAUUUUUUUUAAAAAAAAAACUGUCACAGCUCAAUCUUAGUUUUUUUGGACCUACACAUCACCCUAAGCUUCUUAAACCAUUAUUAGAUGAUAACAAGUAAAGAAAAUAUUGUUUUUUACCUUAGUUAAUGUACCUCUAUCUGCCAUUUAUACCAAAAUUAUAAAUUAUAUUCUGCCUAACAUAAUGAAAAUAAAACGGAAAUAACUAUCCUUA